AUGCCUCCAAAGAUCUCGAAAAAAAGAUCCGUCAGUACUUCCGCAGAGUCACGUCAACCUAAACGCGCUCGUGUCGAUCUCGCGUCUCCUACAUCCGCUACCUCGAUUCCUGUAGAGAACGCGUCGAGUAAGACUGAAAAUAAUAAUACCAACAACGAGACUACCAAACCAAAACCGAAGCUGAAGAUUAUCCUCACGCUCAAACAAGAUGCAGAAGCAGUCAAAGUGUCUUCGAAAGCGACCCCAAAACAAUCAAUUGAACCUUUAGAGAAAGCAACUCAGAACAAAGGUUCAUCAACCAGGGUUAAAUCUCAAAAUUCUACCACAACUGGCUCUGUAGAUAAUGAGCCGAGCAAGAAGAAGAAAAAGUCAGAGGUAAAGGCAAAGACAACUCCAGUACCAUCGAGCAAGCCACCCAAGGCGCUUAAAGAACAAACGGUCAGUCCUUCUGAAGAGGCGAAGAACAAGAGUUCUCCUGUUAGUGUUGAGUCUGACAAGUCCACAACCUCUGUCUGUGUGGACGAUACACCGAGCAAGACUAAGCCAGAGACAAAAAAGAAGACAAAUGCAGUACCUACCGUGAGGGAAAUUAUUACUCCAAGGCCUAAAUUAGCCAGAUUAGCAUCAAAACUAGCACAAUUAGCACCGGCACCACCAGCACAAGAUGCGCCCAGCAAAUCUGAGAUUGCAGAAAAAGAAGUCGCUGCUAUUCGGAAGCGAUCGAACGAUGUAGAUGAGGCAAUGAUCAAGACCAAGACCAAGGCAAACACUAUCGCUACCGCUACCGCAAACACAACACCUCAAACAAACCAAUUUGUGUCCAUCAACACUCCGCAACCAAAGCUGAGGACACGAAAACCUCCCAGAGAACUCGAGGAUGGAGGAAACAAUGUUGUCGAUGGUCAAAUACAACCAAAUAAUCCAGAUGACGAGCUCGAUUUAGAAGCUAUCACCAAGGAAUUAGAUGCUCCAAAUACGUUACUACCAAAAUCACCGCCUCGAGACCCUGUCAAGCCAUUUGGGCCCAGAGAAAAGAAGGCCAUUACUAUUUGGAUGCGAGUGAACAACGCAGCUGGAACACGGGGUAACCUUGUAGCUUUCCAAGAGCUCUUAUACUCUCUAGGCUGCCUAGACCCAAGUUUUGACAAAGAUACCUUGGCGAAUUUUUACCAGCGCAUUGAGCGAUACAUUAUUAGAAUCAAGAAAUCAUUGAAAGAGUGCGGUGCAGUUUUGUUUCUAGAAGAAGAUAAGCUGGAAAUGGAACCGAUCUUUGCGGAUUGGACAGUCGUUUGGUUAGAAGAGGAUUGGGAUGGGGCUGUUGAUACGAAAGUUUACUAUACUGACAACUAUCUUGAGAAGUACUCACCUGCUUUUGAAGGAGACGAUGGAGGCGAGAGUGUUGCAGUAGAGCCGCCAGUCGACGAGCCAUUCGAAGAGGAGGUGGAGAUUCUUUAUGUGGAGAAUCCCGAUGAAGUCGUUGCCAAAAUCACCAACACUAACACUGGUAAAGUCAAAGUCCCAGUGUGUGAUUCUAACCCUUACGGAAUGGCAGAUUGGAAAUAA